AUGCCACGUAAGCUACGUAAGAAUAUACGUAAGAGGAAGGGAGCAUUGAAACAUCCAAUAGUAAAACUGACACCACAACAACAGUUGCAACAACAAAUGAUGAAUGACCCCACUAUGUUGCAACAAAUGUCAAGCAACCCUAUGCUUUUAAACCGAGUUAUUGGUGCACAGAGUGGAGGUUUAAGAGCGGCACUUUUAGCGAAAAUGGCAGGCUAUGGUGGAGCUGCAGACGGAACAGCUUAUAACCCUCAAAGUCAAAUGAAUUUGAGUUCACUCAAAAAUCAAAUAACAGAUGUCAAAAGUCAAACAUAG